AUAAUGGUUUAGCUUUGUACAUAUAUAUGUAUAUAUAUUGGCCAAUGAGGCAACUGAAGAACAAGCUCCAUUAUUUGUCUAGAGCUAGAGAGCAGGAUUUCAUUUUGUGCUUCAUAUCCUUGAUCUUUUAGUGAUUAAAAGUUAUAAUAUUUGAAGUUUUUGCUUAGAUGGACGAUGAUGGACGGGCAAGAACAGGGACAGUGUGGACAGCUGCAGCUCAUGCAGUGGCAGCAGUGAUAGGAUCAGGAGUGUUGGCUGUGCCGUGGAGUGUGGCUCAGAUGGGAUGGCUUUUUGGUCCCCUUGCCCUCUUCACCUUUGCUGUUGUUACUUACUACACUGCUCGUAUGCUUGCGGAUUGUUAUAGAACUCCUGACCCUGUUCAUGGUUCAAGGAACUACACCUACAGUGAUGCUGUAAGAGCAUGCUUAGGAACAAGAUAUGUCUACAUUUGUGGCAUUAUUCAAUACAUCCUUCUUUGGGGUACCAUGGUUGGAUAUGUGAUAACUGCUGCUACAAGCAUGGCUUCUAUCAAAAGAACGAAUUGUUUCCACCAGAAGGAGCCAAAUGCCGAUUGCAAAGCCAAAGUGUCGGGGAAUUUGUUUAUGCUAAUUUAUGGGGGAGUAGAAAUUUUAUUGUCUCAAUUUCCAAGCCUUGAGAAAAUAACAAUACUUUCAGUUGUUGCAGCUACAAUGUCAUUUGGCUACUCAUUCAUCGCCUUGUAUUUAUGCAUUGAGAAAUUUGCUUCACACCAUGACUUGAAAGCCAGCAAUUUAACUGGAGUGGAUGUGGGAAAAAAUGACAUAUCUCAAUCCACUAAAGUUUGGCAAUCUUUCCAAGCUCUGGGAAACAUUGCCUUUGCUUACACCUUUGCCAAUAUCUUGAUUGAAAUUCAGGAUACAUUGAAAUCACCUCCAGCAGAAAACAAAACAAUGAAGAGAGCAACACUAUAUGGCAUUGGAGUGACAACAGCAUUUUAUCUGUCCAUUGGGGUCAUGGGUUAUAUGGCCUUUGGAAAUGAUGCUCCUGGAAAUGUUCUUACUGGAUUCCAUGAACCCUUUUGGCUUGUUGAUCUUGCUAAUUUUGCUGUCAUUAUACAUUUAAGUGGAUCUUUCCAGGUAUUUGCACAACCAAUCUUUACAGUAUAUGAGAAGUGGAUAGCAUCAAGAUGGCCACCUACAAGCUUCUUUCUCCAUGUCUAUACAAUAAAGCUUCCAUUCCCCAGACCAUGUCUCUUCCAAUUCACCCUCUGCAAGCUUCUUCUCCGCACCCUUUUCAUCAUCCUGACCACAACCAUUGCUAUGAUGCUUCCAUUCUUCAAUGCAGUUCUGGGUUUUCUAGGAGCCAUUUCAUUUUGGCCAUUGACGGUGUAUUUCCCAGUGACCAUGCAUCUGUCCCAAUCAAAGGUGAAGAGAAGAAGCCGUGAAUGGAUGAUGUUGCAGAGCUUGAGCAUGGUUUCACUACUAGUUUCAGCCAUCGCUACUGUUGGUUCAAUUAUUGAUAUCGUCCAUAGACUAGAGCAUACUAAACUAUUUAGUGCAAAAUUGUAGGCAUGCAAGCUUCCAUUUUCAUCACACUGGUUUUUGCUUAUAUUUGUUCAUAAGUUGUCGAGCUGUAUGUUAUGCUGGCAGCAAGCGACUAUGGAUCCACCAAAACUCUGAAAUUGUUAUCCCCUCGUUGUAAUAAGUUCUAUAUUCUUAUUUCAAUUAAGAAUUUGAUAAGAGCAUUUAGAGAUUAAUGCUAGAUUGUGAAGA